GGUGUGGCUGCGUCCCGGGGCGGGGAAAUCACGUAAUGGCGGACUCGGGCCGGUGGAGUGCGGCUAGGGGCGUAGCGCGCUGAGGGGGGCUCCGGCAGUGUGGCAGCCCGCGAAGCGGUGGGCCGGGGCGCACUCCGUGGGGACACGGGCCGGCCGGCCAGCCCUUCAUGUCGCUGAGGGCGACUGCGCGAGGUCAGGUUGUUUUUCAUCAUUGAGAACAUUGCCUGAAGCAGGUCCACCAUGCCGUUAGUAACCAGGAACAUCGAGCCAAGGCACCUGUGCCGUCAGACGUUGCCUAGCGAUACAAGCGAGCUGGAAUGCAGGACCAACAUCACCCUGGCAAAUGUCAUCCGACAGCUGGGCAGCCUGAGUAAAUAUGCAGAAGACAUUUUUGGAGAGAUUUGUACUCAGGCAAGUGCCUUUGCCUCCCGGGUAAACUCCCUUGCUGAGCGGGUUGACCGAGUACAAGUUAAAGUCACUCAGCUGGAUCCUAAGGAAGAAGAAGUGUCACUGCAAGGAAUCAACACUCGGAAAGCCUUCAGAAGCUCCACGACCCAAGACCAGAAGCUUUUUGACAGAAAUUCUCUCCCAGUGCCCGUCUUAGAAACCUACAACAGCUGUGAUGCUCCCCCCCCUCUCAACAAUCUAAGUCCUUACAGGGAUGAUGGAAAAGAGGCACUCAAAUUCUACACCAACCCUUCAUACUUCUUUGAUCUUUGGAAGGAGAAGAUGCUGCAGGACACCAAGGAUAUCAUGAAAGAGAAGAGAAAGCACAGGAAAGAAAAGAAAGAUAAUCCGAAUAGAGGGAAUGUAAACCCACGUAAAAUCAAGACACGUAAGGAAGAAUGGGAGAAAAUGAAGAUGGGACAAGAAUUUGUAGAGUCCAAAGAAAAGCUGGGGCCUUCUGGAUACUCGUCGGCCUUGGUGUACCAGAACGGCAGCGUUGGCUCUGUUGAGAACGUGGAUGCAGGCAGCUACCCACCCCCACCACAGUCAGACUCCACCUCCUCACCAUCUCCUUCCUUCUCAGAAGACAACCUGCCCCCCCCACCAGCAGAAUUCAGCUACCCUGCAGACAACCAAAGAGGAUCUGUCUUGGCUGGACCCAAAAGAACCAGCGUGGUCAGCCCAAGCCACCCACCCCCAGCUCCUCCUCUGGGCUCUCCACCAGGCCCCAAACCUGGCUUUGCUCCACCCCCUGCCCCUCCACCUCCACCUCCGAUGGGGGUGCCGCCUCCACUACCACCUAUAGGAUUCGGGUCUCCUGGGACCCCUCCACCACCAUCACCUCCAUCUUUUCCACCUCACCCUGAUUUUGCUGCCCCUCCCCCACCUCCCCCACCACCAGCAACUGACUACCCAAUGCCACCACCUCCCUUGUCCCAACCAUCUGGAGGUGCUCCUCCCCCUCCCCCACCUCCUCCACCCCCAGGGCCCCCACCUCUCCCCUUCAGUGGUGCUGAUGUCCAGCCUGCUGCACCACCACCGCCUCUUUCUGAUGCCACCAAGCCCAAGUCCUCGUUGCCUGCUGUGAGUGAUGCACGUAGUGACCUGCUUUCUGCCAUCCGCCAAGGCUUCCAGCUUCGAAGGGUUGAAGAGCAACGGGAACAAGAGAAGCGUGAUGUAGUGGGCAAUGACGUGGCCACCAUCCUGUCACGUCGAAUUGCUGUUGAGUAUAGCGACUCGGAAGACGAUUCCUCUGAAUUUGAUGAAGACGACUGGUCGGAUUAACUUUCUGCCUGCUGCCCACAUUCCUUUUUCUGUCUUUCCUACCUACCUUCUUUGAUUCCAACUGUAACAGUCCCAUGGGGGAAGGAAGGGAGGACAAAGAAUUGCAAGGGCCAAAGCCUUCCCUGGAACAACCAAA